AUGACUUCACUUGAAUAUUUUGAUUUUGAUUUACUUAAUAAUAGCGAUUAUGAAAAUAUAUCUUCAACAAUAAAUUUAACAAGUAAUAUUAUUUCAUCGGAUACAAAUGAAUUAAAUUGGCCUAUAUUAACUUUAUCAAUAUUAGUUGUAACUGGUACACUUGGUAAUUUACUUGUAUGUAUAUCAAUAACACUUGAUAAACAAUUACAAACAGUGACAAACUGGUUCCUUUUUUCAUUAGCUGUUGCUGAUUGUUUAGUUAGUCUUAUUGUUUUACCACUUUCAAUUAUUAAAGAUUUCCAAGGUUCGUGGCAAUUACCAAUCAUAUUUUGUAAUUUAUUUGUUUUUUUCGAUGUUCUUUUAUGUACAACAUCAAUAUGGCAUUUAACAAUUCUUUCAAUCGAUCGUUUUCUUCGUAUAUCUCGCCCAUUUCAUAGUCGAAAACGAAGUAAAUGUAAAACAUUUUUAGUAAUAUUUUUCAUUUGGACAUUUUCUAUUGCAAUAUCAUGUAUUAUAUUUAUUCUUGGUUGCAUUGAUGACAAAAAUAUAUUAAUUAUAGUAAAUGAACAUCGACGUCAUUGUGCACUUAAUAAUCGUUCAUUUAUUAUUUAUGGUUCAGUCAUGUGUUUUUGUAUACCGUGUAUACUUAUGCUUGUUACAUAUUCAUUAACAAUUCGACGUUUACAAUUAGAAGCAGCUAAAUGUUAUACAGAUCCAGAUGAUCUUUUAAUGAUAAAACAAACAUCAGAUCGUUUAAGACGACAUAAAUUAGCUUCGAAACGAUGUCCAUCAUCUCCAAUUCAUAAGCGUAACUCAUCGAAAGAUAUGUCAAGUACGUCACCAACAGCACCUUGUUCACCAAAAUUAUCUUAUUCACUAACAUUACCGGAUACAGAUAGCAUACAAAAUCCACUUCAACAAGUGUAA